AAUUUGAAAGAAUUUCAAACAAAUCUAGUUAACCCAGAGGAGGUAUUUAAGAAUUUUGAGCUAAAUUUUACAGCACAUGUUUGAGGCAUAAAUUUUGUAGUAAAUUUGGCUGUUUGGAAUACGAAUGUCUCUUUCGUGACUGUUUUUCUUUAUUUUUCGUUUAAUUAAAAGACCGAUACACGCGAGGCAUUCCGAAUUUCUUGCAUUAAAGGGCAAAAUAAAAAAGCAAUCACGGUGAAAUAUGCAAACUGCGGAAUUUGAUGCGGCAUAUUCUGCGAAUCCUAAUAGAGCAAGUGAACUUUCUACCGGUGGAAUUCCAGAAUUGAAGAGCAGCCGGGAACGGCGUAUAUGGUCCGAGUAAUGUUAACGCACGCAUAUAGCACGGCGCAAAUCGGCGCAAAAAUAUUGCCAAGAAUGCUGACGCGCGGCCGAAAGAAGAAGAUCACUUAUUUUUUCAUACGUCUCUCUUUCUGUGUGAGUAUAUGCACUCGCGGCUUACUCGCAGCACACGCAUACUUUUGAUUUCGCCCCCUCCCCUCUCCCGCGGCUAAGGUACAGGCGUUUGGCAGGAAGAGGUUCACCUGUGGAGGCAGCGCGCUCGCUGCCAGGCAGUCGACUUUUGCCUUGUGUGCUCCUCGCGCGCCUCUCCUCCGACCUCUGCCGCCGCCGCAGCCGUGAGAGUAAAGAUGCUGCGCAGGUGACUCAGGCUUUUCAUCCUUUUUCAGGAACCACCCUGAUGCGAAGGCCCCCUACACGAAAAGGAAUAAUCAACACACUUGACGCAGAAACUAAACAACAAUUCAACAGAUGAAUCAGAUGUGCAAAGUUUGCGGAGAGCCAGCGGCUGGCUUCCACUUUGGCGCCUUCACGUGCGAGGGUUGCAAGUCCUUUUUCGGACGAUCAUACAACAACCUGUCGAGCAUAACCGACUGCAAGAACGGCGGGCGGUGCGUGAUCAACAAGAAGAAUCGCACCUCGUGCAAGGCGUGCCGGCUGCGCAAGUGCUUGGAGGUGGGCAUGUCCAAGAGCGGCUCUCGCUACGGACGCCGCUCCAACUGGUUCAAGAUCCACUGCUUGCUUCAGGAGCAGGCCACGGCGGCCGCGGCCGCCCGCCAGCACCACCAACAACAACAACAAUUAGGAGGAAAGUCUCCGACGCCGUCACCGCCGCUCGACCAUCACGGACGGCUGCACCAUCGCGACCGAGCACCCUCCGCAAAUUCCUCACCGGAGAGUCUACUGUCCGACACGAGUAUCGAUGCCACCGACUACCACCCUUUCCUACCCUUCCUGCAGCCAUCGCAUCUAGCCGCUUUUGCCGUACAAAGAUCGCUGCUGCCUCCGUUCCUGCUACCGGAGAGCAUCAAGAGCGGCAGUCAGUUGCUGAUGAGCAUGGGAAAUAGAGACCUGAGCAGAACGACCUGCGCAGAUGAGUCGGACCAGGCGAUUGAUCUCUCUGUCAAACGAGACACUAAUAAGCGGCGCUGCGUGGACUUUGAGGACGAGGACGAUGAGGACGACGAGAGCGAAUUGGUGGUAGACGAGCAGGAAAUCAGGUGCUUACCAAAGGAGUCGAAGACCCUGACGCCGCCAGCCACACCGCUCGACCUCUCAAGGGUGGAGGCCUGAUCUAUGUUAUUUAUUUUUAGUAAAUAAUUAUUUCAAACUCUCGUCCUCGCUAAGGAGAGUAAAGCUUAAUUGACUCUCCUUAGUCCUCUCAUUUUCUUAGGCCAGUAUAUAUGAUGUGUUUGAGUGUUGUUGAUAUUACAUUAGUGUGAUACUCACUGCGAGAAUUUAGCAAAAACAGGGGAAGUGCAAUAAAUCAAUCGAAAUAAUAUUGUUCGUCGAACAUGUAGUCAAAGUGAGUUCACCACUAUAAAAAAACAUUAUACAUAUAUUGUCAAUGCAAUAUUUUUUAAUAAAAGUAUGAAACGUGUA